AUGUCUCUCCUCUGGCUGUCGCUGUUGUUCUCAGCUCAUCUGGCUGGAUGUGUGCCAGAGAAGCCGAAGAGAUCAGCUCUGAACCAGCUGACCAGGACCCUCCUCAGGAAAUAUGACUGCGGAGUUCGACCUGUUCACAACUGGACGAGUCUCACCACCGUCUACAUCGACCUCAUCCUACAGUCUGUCCUCGACGUGGAUGGAAAUACCCAGAGCAUAACUACGAGUAUCUGGUACAGACAGGUCUGGACUGAUGAGUUCCUGGUUUGGGACCCAGAGGAGUUUGAUGGUAUCAAUGAGAUCUCACUGUCGUCUGACGCCAUCUGGAUACCUGAUGUUAUCGUUAGUGAAUUUGUGGAUGCUGGGAAGUCCCCUCCGAUCCCCUACGUGUAUGUCAACUCCUCCGGCUCGGUGAAGAACUACCGGCCCAUGCAGGUGGUGCUGGCCUGCAGUCUGGAGAUGUACGCCUUUCCGUUUGACAAGCAGAACUGCAGCCUCACCUUCCGCAGCUGGCUUCACUCAGUGAAGGAAAUAGACCUGGCUCUGUGGAGGAGCGCAGAGGCCAUUGCUAAUGAUAAGAGGGAGUUCAUGAAUGAUGGAGAAUGGGAACUGUUGUCCCUUCCCUCCCGCUACUGGCAAGUCCACCAAGACAACACUGACUAUGCCCACAUCCAGUUCAAUGUGUUGAUCCGCCGGCGCCCCCUGCUGUAUGUGGUGGGUCUCCUCAUCCCCAGCAUCUUUCUCAUGCUGGUGGAUGUGAUCAGCUUCUACCUGCCUCUGAACAGCGGGACACGCAUUGCCUUCAAGAUCAGCAUACUGCUGGGCUACACCGUCUUCAGAGUCAACAUGACGGACGAGCUGCCUUCCACAGCGGUCAGGACUCCACUCAUAGGUGUGUUCUUCGUGGUGUGCAUGGCCCUGCUGAUGCUCAGCCUGAUCAAGUCAAUACUGGUGGUAAAGCUGCUCCACCACAGUGAGAAGGAGGUCAGGCAAAUGUCAGUGUCGGCCUGCCUGCUGGACAAGUACGGCUCGGCUCGCCACGACUUCACUGAGAGCGCUCUGACCUCCAUCAAAACCCUCGACUACACCAACCCGUCCGGAGAUUAUGAGCUUGAGCCAUCACUGGAAGAGGAUCUGCUGUCCCUGAAUGAGAUCCAGGAUGCUUCCUCAGGGCUGGAGUGGCUUCUCCAGGAGCUGGCUGCCCUCCGUCUGGCCUUAUCCCAGGAGGACACCGAGUCUUCGGCUCAGGCUGAAUGGCUGGCCCUCUGCUCUAAGCUCGACUGCUUCCUGUUCCGCUUUUACCUUUUGGUUCUGGUCUUGUAUGCCGGUACUCUGCUGCUGCUCUGGGCCAGCUGGAGCUUUGCCUGA